AUGGCCCUUAACAUACCAGGCCUUAUAGCCAUGAUAGGCUUCUAUGCUGCAGUCCUGGCCACGGGAAUAUGGGCUUCCAAGAAAUCCAAAGCAAAAAAGACCACUGGAACAGUCACAGAGGUGGCUCUGCUAGGAGAACGCUCCAUAGAUCUGACUGUUGGGAUUUUCACAAUGACUGCUUCCUGGGUUGGAGGAGGUUACGUACUUGGUAUAGCAGAGGCUGUCUAUAACCCAAACCAGGGACUGAUCUGGGCACAGAUGCCACUGCAGUAUGCACUAUCAUUUAUUGUUGGUGGUUUAGUCUUUGCUAAGCCAAUGAGAGACAGGAAGUAUGUGACUGUUAUAGACCCAUUUCAGAUCAGGUACGGCAAAACUAUGACUGUUCUGAUGGUUAUCCCUUCCCUCGUUGGAGACGUAUUGUGGGUGGCAUGUUCUCUCACAGCUCUGGGUGGGAUGAUUAGCACCGUCCUUGGUAUCCAGCAUGUCUACUCUGUGGUGAUAUCUGCAGCUGUAGCAACCAUCUACACUCUCCUUGGGGGCCUGUACUCUGUGGCCUACACUGAUGUCAUCCAGUUAAUCUUCAUCUUCGUUGGUCUGUGGCUCUGUGUGCCGUUCAUCCUCUUGAAUCCCAUCUCUCUUGACAUCAGCAUCACAGCCUUCAAUCACACCUACCAGGCACCGUGGCUUGGUCAGCUCAAGACCCGGGACAUCUCGCUUUGGUUGGAUAACUGGCUCACAUUGGGCUUGGGAGCCAUGUCUUUCCAGAGUUUUCAACAGAGGAACUUGUCUUCAGUUUCACCAGCUAAAGCACAGAUCGCAAAUUUCGCUGCAGCAGUGUUGAGUGUCAUCUUGUCAGUUCCAUCAAUACUGAUAGGAGCAGUGGCUGCAUCUACAGACUGGAACCAGACUGACUAUGGAAUCCCAUCUCCAUAUGAACGCAAAGAGGCACAUGUAGUCCUUCCUCUCUGCUUGGAGAACCUCGCUCCCUCCUAUGUCUCCAUCAUUGGGAUUGGAGCAGUGACAGCAGCUGCCAUGUCCUCCAUCGAUUCAUCCCUCCUUUCCUGCACUUCUAUGUUCACCUCAAACCUCUAUAAGAAGAUCAUCAGACAGCAGGCAUCAGACAAGGAGCUGAUGUGGGUGAUCCGGAUAACUGUCGUUGUAGCUGGUGUGAUUGGUACUGCGUUGACUUUCAUUGAUAACAGCAUUGUGUUCUUUUGGAUCCUAAGUUCUGACAUGGCCUACUGCGUCAUCCUCCCCCAGUUAGUUUGUGUCCUAUUCUGUGAUCUCUCCAAUAGUUAUGGGGCGGUUGUUGGGUUUGUCUUAAGCCUGCUGUUGAGGGUCUUGAGUGGGGAGCCCCUAAUCGGCCUCCCGCCAGUUAUCUGCUUUCCGGGAGGUGAAGUAAUUGAUGAUGUGUACGUCCAGCCUCACCCUGUCCGCACACUAGCUGCACUCUUUGCGUUUCUUUGCAUUCUAUUGUUCUCUUACAUCUUUGCCUACCUCUUUCGCUGUGGGACACUCCCCAAAAGGUGGGAUGUAUUUGGUGUCACCAAGGUCACAAUCUCUGCAUUAGACAACCAAAAUAGUGUACCAACAUCAUUAAAUACUGCUGAUAGAGAGAGCUUAAUGAUAUCAUUGGAUGCCAAGAGUUAAAUGAAACCCGAAUGAACUGUAAAGCUGUAGAGUUCAAUUAAGUUCAGUUGAAUCAAGAAAAUAUUGACCAGUAGACCGAUGUAUGGACAAUACAUUAUCUCUUAGGCCUACUUCUUAGAACUAUUGUGAGUUCUUCUUUUUCCUUAUAUGUUUAGGUUAUAGCAAAUAAACAGCCUAAAUAUGUAAGAUUUAUUUUCUUUUUGUACAAAUAAAGUUGUGUACAGGGAUGGGCAAAGAUACAUCAAAAUGUAUUUGGAAAUAAAACGGCAAAUGUAUAAAUGUAUCAAUAUAU